CCUCCGGAGCCGCUGGGCUGCGGCGGCCGCCUCUGCCUCUUCUCCGAGCGGCCUCCGAGCCUGGGCCGCUGCGCCAUCGCCGGCUUCCGCCGAGCCGGGACCGACCGGCCCCGGCCCCUGUCCGCAGGACCAUGGGGGUGGCCGAGGAGCGUACCGAGAAUUAUAUCCGCAACCACCUCAGUCACUUCUUACGAGUCGAUGUCUUGGAGUUACUGUCCCACCUGCCCUGCCUCACCCCCGCUGAUCAGGACAAGAUCCGUGCCCACAUCGAACGCUUCGGGAAUCAUGACAGCGUGUGGAAGCUCUUUGACCACCUCCGGAGGCGCUCAGCCUGGGUGACCUGCUUCAUCACAGCCCUUCAGAAGUGCGAGCACAUGGACCUCGCUGAUGAGAUUUCUAGGGAAUAUGCCUCCAACCAGACCCCAGGGUUCCAGAACCAUCCCCGCAGCAUCGCUGCCCCUGUUCCACCCAGUAACUCGGCCAGAAGGCAGCAGGAGCCCCAGGACCCUCGGCCAGUACCUUAUGCUGGAGCCCCAGGGACCCAUCCAUCCGCCAGUGGGAGCCCAUCCGUCCGAGCAACCGCUGCUUUGCCCGACACCACCUACAAUGGCUACCCUGAAGAACUAGAGGGAGAUGAGGCAAAAGACAGCCCCAGUGCCCCUGUCCAGGAGAGCCAACUGCCUGAGCGUCAGAGAGAGGUCCCAGGGGCGGCCCUGAAUCCUGCCCAUUCUGGGGACACAUCCAGGAACCCCCAGAGCUCUCUGGGAUACCCUUAUUUCUCAGCUCCUGCCCCCACAGUCCCUGGAAAGCACCACAAGGCAAGCGGAGGAUCUGGGGACAGCCCCCCAGCUGCCACCUCUCUCCCAACAUCUCCCAGAGGCCCCAUCUCUCCGUCUGUUUCCUUCGUGUCCCGUUCCGCUAAGAAGGAGAGCCCAACCUCUGGAGCCCCAUCACUUCCUUCACAUGGAGCCUCCUCCUCGCCCUCACACCGUGCCACAGCGGCUGCCCCUCCCCCCCAAGCCAGUGGAGAGCCCAGCACCAGGAUCCCAGGGCCCCCAAAGGUGCGGCCAGCCGGCUCUCCCCACCCUGCUCCACCUCCCCAGGUGUCCCCUGGGCCAGCUCCCUCAGGGCAGGCACCCCCUCCCCAUGUGGAAGAGGUGGAGAUAAGCAAGCCCGGGGUGCUUCAGUCACAUGAUGGGGAGCCCUACUCCGGCGGCUCAGAUCGCCUGAUCAUCAGCAACCCCUCCGGGAGCGUGGGGUCCCUCCACAUCAGUUCUGAGAAUCUCCCGGAGGAGAACGACUACUUGUCGAUCCACACUGUGCCUUGCCGUGGUCCCCUCGGCCAGCCCGGGGGCUCAGAGAGCCCCUCCUUGGGGACCUUUGAGGUCCGUGUUCAUGAGAGGCCCAGCGAGGACCUCCUGGGAAGCAGCCCUGCAUCGGCCCAGACACCCAGCCCUGCGGCCCAGCCUGGAAGGGUUCCCGCUGGCGACGGCUCCUGGGGUGUGUGGCUGGGGUCCACUGUGGCCGUGGUGCUCUUUUCUGUGGCCUUGGCCGUCAUUUACAAGCGCGGCCAAAAAUAAGGGGUCUAACGGGACCCCUCCCUCCCUCCCUCCCUCCCCCUCCAGUGUCACGGCUUGUUGGCAGCCCCCCAUCUGGGGGCAGGGAAGAGGAGUAGGUGUAGGCUGCGUUGUGGAGAGAGGCCUCCUGUGUUUGUGGGGUCCUCUGGUGGAGCUGGCCCCUAGGGCCGGGAUGCCCACGGACCUCCUCGGUAAGGAGGGGGUCAGAUGAGAGGCCAGGUAAGGGCCCCAGGCCUGGAGAGCUCUGAACACAGUCUGCAUCCCCUCCCCUUGUCCCUCUCCACGUGCUUUGUGCCGAGUUGUAGCUUCUGCGGUAGGGAUGGGCAGCGGGCAGCAGCCCCGCUCUCCCCUGGUCCUGGGACGGACACAAUUUAGGGAGACAGGGAUUUAGGAAGCCUGUCAAUGUCAAGCUCUAACCACUCAUUUAUCCAGCUCCGUCCCCGACUAGUGGAGGAGGCAGAUGGGAUGACCUCAUCUCAGGCCUGGGGUUCUUGUAGAUGGACCCAGUACAGCCCUCAGAGCCAUGGGCUGCCUUGGGAGGUAGUGACUUGCCUGGCACCGAAGGUGUCUCAGCACAGUCCGAAUCACUGUCUCCUAAGCGGAUCUGUGAGGCCCUCUGCGGCCACCUCCUCCCCACCCCGCGCUCUGUUAAGACCCCCUGUGCUAGGCCUGCCGAGGAAGCAAGAGCGGGUAGAUCCUGUUCCUGAGAAUAGGCUCAUGGGAAGCAGAGAAUGUGUCAGGCCUUGGCCGAGUUGUCAAGCCUGUGCACGGGCCCCGGCCAACAGUGAAGCUGAGGGGGCCCAGCCCCUCUCCCUGUGCCUUCCCGAGGCGGCCUCAUGUGGCCAGGGUGGGAGCCCAGCCUCGGAGCUGGCCUCGGGCCGUGGGGCUUUCUCUGCGGCUGCUUUCAGGCUGGCAUCUGCCUAAGCUUCACAAGGCCCAAACCCGGGCGUCAUCCGGCUCUUUCCCCCACUCCAUGUCAUCACCAACUCCUCACCAUCCCAUUCAUUCAUAAGUGGUUUGUGCCCAUCUUCCUCUCUUCCUUGUCCCAUUGCCGCUGACACGUGGUAGAAAGGCCAUUGGAUAGGGAAUGAGAAGUCUUGGGUUCAAAUCCUGGCUCAGCUGCUUUUCUGUCUCCUUGAGCAGGCCUUCCUCUGAGCCUCAGUUUCUUCAGAUAUCAAAUUGGGGUGGCUUGGGACCCAAGCAGGGGUUAGCUGGCCUCCAGCCCAUGCCAGGGCACUCAGAGCCUCUGAUGUCAUUGCCCCCCGCCUCCCCCAGGUGGCCACAGCCCUGGCGCCUGUGGGAUCCGAUCCAGCUAAUCUGGCAUUGAGAGCCAGCACCCUCUCCUAGGAGGGUUCCAGGGGUCCCACUGAACUAUCUCCCCUGCCUCUGACCCAUCACAUCUUAGCUCUAACCUCCAUGGGACGGAACCACCAGGUCCAGGACGCCCAAGGCCAUGGGGGCAGUGAGGACUGGAGUUGGAGGGUCCAGACAAAGCCAGUCCCUGCCCUCGGGCUGGCUCUAAGGCCUUGCGCCAUACUUGCUCCUUCCAGGAAGUCAGCCUUGAGCCGGGCACACUGAGCCCUGGCUGGCAUGUGUGUGCCUUUUAUCCGAUCAGACAGUCCCUCCAGAGCAGGGGCCGGGUCACUCCCCACUGGUGCUCACUGGUAGAGAAAUGAAGGCACGACCCUAUUUUGAGGGGGUGAAAAACCACUCUGGAGGGGGAGGACAGAGAGGAAAGCUGGGCCUUGGGAGGAGGGUCCCUGUUGUCUUCCUGAGCUGCCCCCGCCCCCCAGCUGCAGCCCCCUUACAGACCCUCCCCCAGUCACUGUGGAGUUGGGCGUGCUUGCUCCAGCCCACCCGAGGGGACGCCCUGGGUCGGGCGCGCUCCUUUGGCUGGCUUCGCGGGCCAGUUAGCUGUCCCCAGUCUUCUGUCCUUCCCCUACAACGCACUUAAAUCCAGUACCUUUAGGGGAGGUUGUUGGCAGCAUUGGCUUGUGUCCGUGCCACAGACACCUGGCACCUUAUCCCAGGACCCUGCUCUUCUGGGUCCAUUUCCCCACACAUUUGGUGGAGAGGUUGGGCCGAGAAGAGUUGGGUGACCUUGAGCCCACCAUCGCCCCCUCCCCCCCCCCAACCCUGUGAUUGCUCAGUAUCUACAAUAAAGCUGUUUGGAGAAAUUGA